AUGGAAGGCUAUUUCGAUGUUGGCACUCAAGCCAAAACCUCCAAAAAGACCGUCUUUGCUGUCCUCGGUCUUCUAGCUAUUGUCGGAGUUGUUGCUACAAUUGCUGUAUCAAGCUCCUCAGUUUCUCCAGCUCUUGCUCAGUUUGCCUUUGAGGAGCAAGAAUUCAGAGAUUACAUGGACAAGUACCAGAAAUCUUACGACUCUGAGGAAGAAUACGGAAUGAGAUUCAAAAUAUUCCGUGACAACUCAGCUUAUAUCCGCAUUUUCAACACCCGUGGAAAUUCCUGGACUUUGGGUGUCAAUCAAUUUGCUGACAUGAGCUUCUCAGAAUUCAAGGCUAAGUACCUCCCGACCAAAAUCCAACCUAAAGAAGCAACCAACGUCGUCAUGCUUGAUGAAGUUUCAGUCCCAUCCCAAGUUGACUGGACCACACAAGGUGCAGUAACCCCUGUCAAGAACCAAGGACAAUGUGGCAGCUGCUGGGCUUUCUCAACAACUGGAUCUGUAGAAGGUGCCUGGUUCCUUGCUGGACACACCCUUCUAUCCUUCUCCGAACAAGAACUUGUCGAUUGCUCUACUCAAUUCGGAAAUCAAGGUUGCAAUGGCGGGCUUAUGGACAAUGCUUUCAAAUUCAUAGUUGAUUAUGGAAUCAACUCAGAAGCAAACUAUCCUUACACGGCAAGCGAUGGCAAAUGCAACUGGUUCAAAGUUGGCCAAUCCAGCUGUAACAUUAGCGGAUACUCUAAUGUCACCCCAAAUAACGUUGCCCAAUUACAAGCAGCAGUUGCUCAGCAACCAAUAUCAGUCGCAGUUGAAGCUGAUCAAGAUGCUUGGCAACUCUAUAAAGGAGGCAUUGUUAGCAGUAAUUGUGGAACAGCUUUAGACCACGGUGUUUUGAUUGUAGGUUACAACUUCAACAAUUCCCCUCCAUACUGGAAAGUCAAGAAUUCUUGGGGUCCAAAUUGGGGAGAACAAGGUUACAUCAGAAUUGCAGUACAGGCAGGAGCUGGUGUCUGUGGUAUCCAAAUGGAACCAUCAUACCCAAUAGUUUAA